AACAGGGUAGAAUCUUUGCAGGUGUUUCCAAAAGGUGUAGGUUUGACCGAAUUAUUGGUUGAAGUGGUUCAACAUAUUUGCCAAAUAUGUUCAGUAUUUGCAAAAAGAAAAAAAUAUGUAUCUGGACAUAUUUGCCAAAUAUGUCAGUCUUCCUAUUGGUCAAGAGGGGUGGGUGCGGAUCGCCAUCUUGGAUCGUGAAGCGAAGGGCUUGGAUCGCAUUAAAAUAAGAUAUUCCCAACAUAUUUGCCAAAUAUGUCGGUCUUCCUAUUGGUCAAAAAUAUGGGGCGCAGAUCGCCAUCUGGGAUCGCCAGCUGAAGGGUGUGGAUUGAUUCGAUCUAUUUGAGCAGAUUUACGAAUCUGUUGUAAUAAAUUAAUAUAUUUCUCAACAUAUUUGGUGACUAUGUCCGUGCUCCUAUUGGUCAGAAUAAGGUGGUUCGGAUUGCCAAUUACUCAACAUGUUUGCCAAACCUGCUCUAUAAAAUCCACCACAAACCUCACCUCACAACCCCAUCUCACGGUUCCAAUCUGUCUUCUAACUUCUCCAAAUUUUGGCCAUCUCCUUCAUCUUAACCCAAGUUUUCAUGGCUACACAAAGAGAGCACCCCCAUCCCGGGCCCAUAAAACGUUCUGUAUUGGUAAUGAAACCUGGAGAACAUCGUGCCGAUAAUGUGUGGAAAACUGAAGAGUCGAGAGACCUAAAAUUGAGGUGCAUUACUUACCCCAAAUCCGCCAAAGACGAUGGCGAACGUGAUCCUAGAGUCGUACAGCUGCUGAGGGCAUCAGGCUUUCAAGGAGCUGAACGAGUAGUACAAAUCAAAAUUGAUCACGGUCUUAUCACUGCAUUGGUUGAGAGGUGGAGACCAGAAACACAUUCUUUCCAUUUACCUUUUGGCGAGGUCGGCAUUACCUUGCAAGAUGUACAGGUGCUGCUGGGGUUACCGAUUGAUGGUCUCCCACUUACUGGUCCGACGGCACAUAGUAAGACUGAAUGGG